UUAUCACUGAUCUUCAGUUGCAUUGUAACGUGACAUCUCAUCUGGACAGCUGAUAUCCGAAGGCUAGUGCCAGUAAUGGUAUGCAUAUGUCUAAAGGGAUUUGCCAAGUGGUUCAAUGGAACAUACACAUUCAGUGCAAUGCACAUGAUGUAUGUAGUUGUAUCUAUUCUGUGCUGGGAGCGUCAGAAUUAUUCAUGUACUCUGUGGUAGUACACGGCAGGCCAGGUGCUGGUAAUUGGGGCUACAGAGGUGUGAUCUGCGGUGCUCUACAUCAAAACCUGUUGGUGACACGAAACCUUCAGUGGAAUCAUAAAGAAUGUGGCUUGGGGGAAGGAUUACGCAGGAAUUAGUAUGCCUGGGUGCCACAGAAAGUGUCUAUUAAUUUGUUUUUCUGCCGACCAUCUGCUACUAGAUUUUGAUGCCAUUAAAGUGACAACGUAGCAUUGAUUUUCCCAUCGGUGAUGAGAACCUGACAGUUCGGAUGCGUGGCCUGAUAAGUCUGGUGAUCAGCUUGCCAUUUGUACCGGUGUGUCCCUGCAUAAUUCCACAUCAUUCCAAUCACAGGGACAGCUGUCCUCAUGAUUCCUCACUGAUGGGAACGCAGAUAAAACCCAACAGCUGAAGGCGUCGUCUACUCUCUCUCCCUACAUGGCCAUGGCAAGUCCCCUCUUGUGUUUCACGCUGCGCCUGGGUCCCGGUGAGGAGAUCAAGUCUGCCCUGCAGAAGUUUGUCGAAGAGAAGAGACUGAAGGCGCCGUUCGUUAUGACCUGUGUCGGCAGUGUUUCCAGUGCCAAGUUGCGGCUGGCUAACGCCACAGCAGAGAAACCCAACGAGGUCAUCGAGCUGGACCAGAAGUACGAGAUCGUUUCAUUGGUCGGCACCUUAAACAACAGCUGUCAUCUUCACAUCUCAUUGGCUGACAAGGAUGGGGCUGUGAUUGGUGGCCACGUGAUGGGGAACCUGACCGUCUUCACCACGGCGGAGAUCGUGAUCGGGGAGUGCAGUAACCUGACCUACCGUAGGGAGAUGGACGACAGGACAGGGUUCCCUGAACUGGUGGUCAACAAGAGGCUCAACCACCAAAUGGGAACUGAGGUCUGACUUCCAACGGCCUUGGCAUCUGUCUUAGUAUGUUGCGACGUUUAGUUAUUAACCCAUUGAAAUUGAAUAUUGAGGGACUCAUUAAAAAUGGUUCCAAGAGAGAUAAUGACAGGGCUGUGGCAUUUAAGGGACCCAACCCUGUGCCACUAUGGUUGGUUUAGCAUGAUUAUGAGCUAGGGCUUGUAUGCCAAGCUGUGAUUUGCAUGUAAAAAUGUGAUAUUGUGGAUGUACUCUGCAAGGGUGAGUAAAUUUGCCUAAAAAGAUGGUAGAGUUUUACAGCAUUGCAUCAAAGUAGUAUGACUUUAACUUGCCUAUUUACUGUCUUAUUCUCCUGAUGUAAGUUAUGUCUACUCUACAACCACAUUUAGAAUCAAUUUAGAUCCAUUUUUGAUAUUUGGCAGUGAACCAACAUCAAGUGACAGUAAUUCAGUUUUCUUUCAAUCACUUCUGUCAUCUUCAGAGUCAACACACAUUCACUGCCUUUGGCCUUAAUCUACGAUAAAGUACAAUACUGCUAGUUCACACUCUACAGUACUAGUUGUCUAACCCUAACCUCUACAAUGUAGACUGGAAGUUAGAAAAUUUUUCUCAGUCUAUACAAUAACUGUAAGACAAUUGAGAGCUAUUUUUUUCUGUUACCAGACUGAGUAUUUUUAUGUGUAUUUUAUUACCAUCAGCUUUUUACUCAUUUAAGUUACAUAUUUUGAUAUGGCAGUUGUUGCUCCCUUUUAUAAUGUAUUGUGCCAGACUCCAUUGGCAAUGUUGCAAUUUAUUGUAUUGGUGCUUAAGUUUGGUAGAUAUCGAUACACAGUAUUCUUAGAUUUGCAGAAUUAUGGGGUAUUCUUAAUGUGUACAGCAAAGUAGCAUUUGUGCAUUCCGUUUGUUAGUGGUAUCACACAAUUUACUGAUUGUGAUACAAAGCCUUACCCAUUCCAACUGUCUUUUCAUAAGUCACAUGAUUUUAUGACAACCACCCUAUCAUUUUGAAAAACAAAUGCUUGAAGGAUUCCUACUUAAAAAUAAUCCCAUGUAGGUUAAAGGAUAGUGGAUGUAAAGGGUCACUGAGGCAUUUACAGUGCCUCUGAAUUCUUUUAUCUACUUCUGAAGGCUUCCUUCAUGCUAAGACUGUUAGCAGAUAAUUAGAAAAUUAUCAAUUUGAUUUUCAAAAGAUCAAAAUAUAUGUGACACCUUUCAUUUUUCAAUACAGAGAUAUGAAAUGUUUAGGUAUACAGCCUAUUAUGUCUAGUAUUUAAAACUUAUCUUAAAGUUAUGUGCAGCUUCUUCAGUUCAAUGAAUUGGAUUGUCCACUUUUAAUGUUACACACAAAAAUAUUAAAAAUGAAUAGAACACAUAGGAAAUUUGAUACUGUCUGUAUAGCAACAGUUAGAAUGUGCUAAGUGGUACAAAAUGUGUUGAAAUAUCCAUAAGAAAUGUGUGUUCAUGUUUUAUGCAGAAUGUAAUAUCAAUCACUAAUAUGAAUGUAUAUCAGCUUUUCGAAGGUAGAUGAAACGAGCAACGUUACAGUGCCAAAAGGUAAACACUUCCAGUGUGUAUGACAGUGUUAAGUGAUAUUGUGCUCAGAAGCUGAGGUGUAUCUAGUUACCACCCAAUGAAAUCUCUUGGUUCUCACACUUCAUGUUUUUCUGAUUUGAAAAGAAACAACAACAAAAAACAAGUAGUAGAAAAUCCUUCCAAGUUACAGUUUUUCCAUUCAUCAAAGCAUAAGUUGUUGAAAAUCCAUGUUUUAAAUGUUUACUAGCCUGUGUAGCAUCUUCUGCAGCAAUAGAGUCAUUCACCGUAUUGUCGUUCCUUUUCUAAUUCUUAUUUUGCCUACCAGUGCCAUUACUUUCCUGCCAAAAUCUGAGAACCAAGACAUUUGACUGGACCAGGUGUUGCCUUGGGUUAGGUUAUUAUGAAACAUAUGCUAUUAUAUAGACUAGAAAGACUUUUUAAACUAGCUUAUUUACUUGUCUUUUGCGAAAUCUGGAAGAGCAGUAACUGUUGAUAUCGUACUUGUCGUAAUGAUCAUGAUAUAAAAAUUUGGUAUUUGAA